CAUCAAGACUCGUCCUCAACGCUCUUGUGUUUUGUUCUCUAGUCAGAAGUUUAUCUCUGGUGCAGAAGUGGAGAUGAGAGUCAGACCAGGGGACGGCAUCACUCUCUACUCCGACUGUGUUUGGAAAAGUGGAUUUAAUCCAGUCUGGUUUAGAAACUGCUCAGUAAAGGAUCAUCCUCGUCUCAUGAUCGCGCUUGUCGAUCUGACGGUUAGUGAUGCGUUGGGUGGUGAUUUUACCCGUUUCUCGUUUCUGGUUAACGAUUCCACCAACACGCACGACCUCAGGAUUAAGAACGUCACAGUAUCAGAUCAGGGUGUGUACUACUGCGCUCUGAGAGAGAAAACGUUUUUGAAGGAUGAUGAUGGUGUUUUAAAGAGCCUCAGUGUGUAUCAUUAUGGAAACAGAUUUAGUCGACUCUCUGUACUCGAACCCUAUAGUACUGUAUGUGAUCCGUGUGUAUCAGAGUGGAGUGUUAGCUGGAAGCUGGUGUUGAGUGUGUGUGUGGUGUGUGUUCUCAUCUCCUCACUGAUCUCCUCCAUCUGUGUGUACUGCUUCUGCACAAACACCACUAAAGGAGAAGAGAAAGACGAUUCAAAACCGAGUCAGAGAAGUGAUGUGGUUGGAGAAGAUGAGGUCUGCUACGUCUCAUUAGACAUCCAGAAACUUAAGAGAAACAGGAAGAAGAAGAAGAAGAAGAGUGUUCAGCACUCCGAUAUCAGCACGUAUUCUGAGGUCAGAUAUGAGAGAUGAUGUGGAGACGUGUCUGACUUCUGAAAUGCAUUAUAAAGAGCGAUAAACUCUUCCAUUGAGAGAAUAACGAUCAUGAAAUGUCUUUAAAUUCGAAUGACUGACUUUUGGUUUAUCAAACAACAAAUGUUUUGUUCAUCAUUUAUUUCUUUUCUAUGAUUGACUGCAGUAAAAUCUAUUCACUAAAACCUCUUUUCUGUGUUACUUACUUUCCCCCUUUGAUUGGAAAAUGCCCAA